GUUCUCAUUCAGACUUGGGACAACAUACGAAAAUUGAAAAUUAUUGAUAAAAUAAAUAUGUGAACUAUGCCCUCUAAAUGCCCUCAAAAUGACUGCAUUUGCUGAGGAUGUGAAUGGGCCCCGGGGAGAAUUCAUUGGCUACACAACUAGGGAAGCAUUACAAAAACUCUAUGAUGAUUUAACCCAACAACUUAACGACUUUGAAGAAUCACAGAAAAAACUGCCUUGGAAAGAAAAAUUCAGAAAAUCUUUUAUUUAUCACACAAAGAAAGAGUCAAUAUUACACUGGACUAGCUGUGUUGUCGUGGUAACUGUUGUCAUAUUGUUAUUGAUUAGCUACAUAUUGUCUUCUAAUAGAAAUCACUGGUUAGUGGGUGAAGCACUUUUCCUUGUAGUGAUACUAUCGUGUAACAUUUACUUCCUUAUAUGGGAUGACAGACUCAAGAGUUAUGAACUUGUCGAUAAAACUAGACUUGUCCUAAAAAACUUAGAAGGUUGUAUCAAGCCGUAUAUAUGGAAUGCCAGCAACUACUUAAACUUACACAUCCCCCAGUCCCCAUGUGUGACCCUACAGUGGACAUAUAGAGAUGGGGAGGUUGUCAACCUACCGUGCAACCUCCUUGUUACUGGGGAUGUCAUACUGCUUAGGCCUGGGCUGGAGGUGCCUGUUAAGUGUUACGAAAUGGAGGAGUCACAACCUGGGGAGGAGCCAGAGAUGUACUCUCAGGGUGACAUCUAUUCCCCUGUCCCCAAAUCUGUGCCUGAUGUCCUAGGUGACUCCCUUGGCAAGAUCCCUCUCAAACCUAAACUGUUCAUUGUUGAUGAGACACCAUAUCAAGACACUUUGAGGGAUAUUUUAGAGAAAUGCCAAGAUAAACCAACAAGUGUCAUAGAUAAUGAGAGACACAUUGUGUGUAGAAAAUGGCUUGGAACCUGUAUUCUGCCUGUUAUUGCAAUUAUUUCACUUAUUGUGAACACACUGAGAUUUGUCUUGCUUGGAGAACAUGUGGGUCACUGGACUGAGAUGUUCAUUACAUCACAGGUGAACAUCAUGCUUCCUCUGCUCCCAUUGAUGGUUCCCAUUUGCUGGAAGUUACUGGAUAAUUAUGGGCUUGCAAGAGUCAUGGAAGUUUUCAAUAAAGCCAAGAGAAAAUCAAGAAAGUGCACCUAUGAUUCAUUUGACUCUGAAAACGAUAUCAAGGAAACACAUACUGUCGAUUUUGAUUGGAGGAUGAUCCGAGAUAAUUUUAUGGCUGUAUUAACAGGAACAGCUACCUCCCUUCCAAGAACAAGCAAUAUCGUCCACGCACUUGGCAAUAUGACAUGUCUGUGUUGUGUGGACAAGAAGGGAAUUCUCUCUUGGAGUAAUCUCUCCCCAGAGAAGGUCUAUUUCCUCACCCACAAGCAAACACUAAAAUCCAAGGAGAAAGAACGCUCGACUCAAUCAGUAAGGUCAUCAAAAAGUUCCCAGAAAGAUCCCAGUUUGUUAGGGUAUGACACAUCAUCUUUAGAUGAGGGAUCACAGACAGCACCUCAGACAGAUGCUGCAUCUGGAAUAUCAUACCCUGAAGUGUUGGACCUGACCCAAGAUCCCCAAAAUGAGUUUGGUCUAUUGUUUGAUGACCCACUGUGGAGAAGACAUCUCAACUCUCUCAAACCACUUGGUUUGAACAUUCUCUUGAAUGCGUGCAAUAUGGACACUUCUCAGGAAUACAGUCAGUACGCUGACCACAUCACAUCAGUGGCAUACAACAGUGAGAGAUCUGUGGCUGUUGUCAAUAGAAGGUGUUUGUGUGAAUUGGCUCGUAAAAUAGGCUUCACGACGGAUGCAAUGAGCAUUUUCAAGCUGCAACAGAAUCUGGCGAUGUAUCGUGAUGUGCCUCAGGAAAGCAUGAGAGAUUUCACCUACAAGAAUAAGAUAGGACGACACAGGGUACCCAUGCCAAACAUGUUCUCAACUGUGGUACAGGAAACUAACUCAGGUAUGCUUCAAUUGAUGUCCCAGGGUACAGCAGACAUCUUACUGGAUUCUUGCAGUGAUUUCUGGGAUGGUAACGAUAUAUGCCCUCUCACAGAGGCUGAUAGGAAGAAGAUCCUGGAUUUCUACCACCGCACAAGUACAUCUUCCUACUGUAUGGCAUUUUCAUAUCGUCCCCUGACACAGACAUUACACGAGAGCUUAGGCAGUACUUAUAUUGAACUACCUGAUAGAUAUAGAGAGCUAUACCCUGCAGUUAGAAGCCCUACACCUCCAAGGUCAUGGGAUGUCCAAUCACUGGACAGUCGGCUGACCAAGGAGAAGCGUUGCUACAGUGCAGAUUCCCUGAUGAGUGAUGGCAGUAAUGGCUCAAUCCAGAGUCUUGAGGGGUGCUUCAAAACACAGUGCAAUCAAAUAUUUAUUGGCAUGGUAACAAUGCAGUAUCAGGCCAGACAGGACAUUGUAUCCUUGGUGGAACAACUUGAAAUGGCCUGUAUAAGAUUUGUACAUUUUUCCAAAGAAAAUGAGCUACGGAGCAGGGUGUUCUCAGAGAAGAUGGGACUCGAAGCAGGCUGGAACUGUCACGUCUCUCUGAAGCCUGAUAAAUCCACAGACAAUCUCUCCCCUCAGAGUCACAGUACGAAGAACUCUCAGAGUGACCUUGCUCAGAGGAACUCUCGGAUCUCUAGCCGCCCUUCAACUGACACCCUCCGGGAGUUAACCGCUGUAAAAUUGAAGACAUCUCGGGACUCUAUGAGGCAUCGAUGUUCUAGUGCUCCUGGCGGGAUAAACACAGAUAUGGUACAGGUGUCUUUUAAUAUUGAUAUUGAUUCUAAUCGUACCAGUAGAGAGGGAUCAGCACCUGUUGAGCAUUCACCACCAACAAUAGAAGUACAUCACCAUGACAACUGCGAUGACACGCCCACUCACAAAAUAUCCACUCACUCAAAUCCUGUCCAAAUUCAAAACAGUCUCGGAGGCCAUGACAUAAUUACUCAAGAAAAUAUCGAAGAAGAGUUAAGUAAAUCACAAAGUAUGCCAUCACAGACAUGUGAUCCUCAAGAACAGGAUGGGGAUUCAAUCACGUCAGAUGACGUACAUUCCCGGUUGCUGCCCCAGGGUGGGGAGGACAUGGAUAGGAGAUCAUGGGUGGAUAGUGGCCCCAUCUCCGGGAGUCAUCACACAUCUAGCUGUGCUACAGAUGACAGUAUGACAGGGGGAUAUGACAUGACAAAUCGGGCUAAGCUACCAAAGGGUAUAGAGAAUGUGCGUCCACAUUUGCAGCAUGUUGAUAAUGUCCCUCUUUUGGUGUCUCUCUUCACUGACUGCACUGCUGAAGCCACGACUGAGAUGUUUGACAUAAUGCAGGACUAUGGGGAAGUUGUAUGUUGUAUUGGUAGCAGUGUAAAUACAAAGAACACGCCACUCUAUCUCAAAGCUGAUAUAAGUUUCUCUGUGGACCCAUUAUACCCCCACGUGUGUAUCAAAGAACCAAUCAUGCGAGGCCCCUGGGAGGAGAAAGACCCAUCCCCAAUGGAUAUCUGCUCUGAACUAAAUAGUAUUCCAUGUGCUCUGAGCUUUGAUAGAGAAGACAAUAUCAGUAUUGUUCAGCUAAUAGCAGAGAGUCGUAGACAUUGUAUGUCUAUGCGGAACACAUUUCAGUUCAUGUUGCUAUGUUACGUAAGCAUCUCCAUGACGCAACUUAUUGGAUCUCUUGUGCAGUUACCUCCAUUACUACAGGGUCACCAAAUAUUAUGGGUCACAUGUAUCAUUGUUCCUCUACUUAGUCUCACACUUAUGGGGAACCCUAUGGAUACAAGGGUCAUGACACUUGCUCAAGGAAAAAAUGCUAGCCAUAUUAAGAAAAGGAUUGUGUCCCAGUUCUUGCUGUUUAACGUGAUCAGAUUCUUGCCAUCUAUAUUAAUAUGUGUGUUGUGUUACACAUUGACACUUAAUGCUGUAUGUGAGUCUAAGCAACAUAGCACCUGCUCUUGGGCUCCAGGCAUAUAUGGAAAUGUAGAUACUCCAUCUGAAGGCAGCACCUGGCAUGGCUGGUCCACUACAUACACUAGGGAACACAAUCUAGCUCAACAUUUUCUAGUCACACAAGCAGUAUUAUACUUUUCUUGUACCUCACUUAGCUUCAUACAUAGAGACUUCUAUCUCUGGAAGAGACCUCCAUUUGUUAAUAAACUGUGGUGCAUCAUGACCCCAUGUCUGAUAGUUAUCCAGAUGAUAUAUUUCAUGUGCCAUGUUAUCAGACCAAAUACAAAUCUCGGCAGUUCCCUUGGUCAGCUGGUUACUGGCCACUCUCUGGUUGCUGGUCUUGGUCCCUCUCAACGAACUGGUUAAGAUGAAAGAAAUCAAGUCCGACCUGCGUUACCAACGAAGAGCAAGAUUGCAUUUUGGAACGAAACUUGGAAUGAAUUCACCAUUUUAGAAAGGACUGAUUGCACUUUCUGCUAGUCAUUUGUAACCUUAUUUACAAUGAUCUCCUUAAAGUAAACAUGAAACUACAGAACUAGGGAAUAACCCUUGCAUUUUGGAUCUAUUCAGUAAUACAGUGAAACCUAUAAAGUGGAACACUUCCAGAAGU